CACAGCUGAAAGGCACAAACCUGCCUGGGACAUUGGGAUAAGGAUAUAAGUUGGGCACAGUCUUGUGCUUGAGGCCAACAACAAACUUUGAAGCAUCUUAGUAGCUUGAGACCAUUGACCCACCUAUUGCUGCCAGCCCCUGACCAGCUAACGACUGCCAUACAUCAAGCCAUGCUGCCUGCCACCUUCAAGCUCUGUGCUGGAAUUUCCUACAGGCACUUGCGCAACAUGACAGGACUCAGAAGAACAGCCGCUGUCGCACUCACCCACGAAUUGGAAAAACUUGCCCUUGUGGGACCAGGGCCAAGCAAAUGGAUAAACCAGGUCCGAAGGAAAAGCAUUUUACUGAGUUCAAGGCUUGAAGAGAAAACAUUGAAUGACAUAGAGAUGUCGUACAUAAAACAGGGCGAAGAGGCUUUAAAAAAGUCCAUGAAUAUUCUGGGAGACCAAGAUGGAUGGAAGACUGAAAUUGUUAUGGAGAACGGAGAUAAGGUGCUAAGUAAAGUUCUCCCAGACAUCGGGAAAGUUUUCAAGUUGGAAGCGGUUGUGGAAAAGCCCCUGGACAACGUGUAUGGAGAACUGGUGGACAACAUGGAAAAAAUGGGGGAAUGGAACCCAAAUGUCAAGGAAGUCAAGAUCUUGCAGAAGAUUGGGAAGAACACUGUGAUAACACAUGAGAAAGCAGCAGAGACAGCUGGGAAUAUUGUGGGGGCCCGGGAUUUUGUCAGUGUGAGGUGCAGUAAGAGGAGAGGAUCCACCUGCAUCCUAGCUGGCAUGUCAACAAGAUUUGGUGGAAUGCCGGAACAGAAGGGAUAUGUCAGGGGAGAGAAUGGUCCCACCUGUAUGGUCCUAAGGCCCCUGGCGGAAGACGUAUCUAAGACCAAAUUAACUUGGCUCCUUAGCAUUGACUUGAAGGGGUGGCUGCCAAAAUCAAUCAUCAACCAAGUUCUGUCCCAGACACAAGUGGAUUUUGCCAAACAUCUCCGAAGCAGAAUGGCUUCUUCCAGCACAGCCCUGUCCCUCUGUUAAAAGCUGUACAGCGCCUCCCCUAGGAUUCUCCACGCCGAGCGUCUACUCCUGAUGCUACCGCACUCCCUAAAAGUAGAUUCCCUGUAUUCCAGGCUGUGCCAUGGACAUCUGUCUCCAACAACAAGGUGACCUCAGAAAGUCUCCAGGAUUCUGGACCUUGUAGGGACACUUCAAAGCACCAUAAAUCUUCAUACAAUAUGAUUCAUUUUCAUUAUCUGUUGCAAAACACACUGUUCGUAUCCUGGGAUGACUAUACAGUCCAUAUUAAAGGAAUUGUUCAGUGUAAAAAAACAAAACAAUGGGUAAAUAUUAAAAAAAAAAGUUUCUAAUAGAGUUAGUUAGGCAAAAAUGUAAUCUAUAAAGAUGGGAGUGACUGGAUGUCAAGCAUAAUAGCCAGAACCCAACUUCCUGCUUUGCAGCUCUCUUGGUUUCCACUGAUUGGUUACCAGGCAGUAACCAAUCAGUGACUUGAGGGGGCCACAUGGGUCAUGACAGUUUGCUUUUGAAUCUGAGCUGAAUGCUAAGGAUCAAUUGCAAACUCACUGAACAGUUAUGUCCCUUGUGGUCCCCCUUAUAGUCACUGACUAACUCAGAGUUAGAGAGCUGAAAAGCAGGAAGUGGUGUUCUGGUGAAUUAUUUUAGACAUCCAGUCUGUCCAGCCUUUAUACAUUAAAUUGUUGGCUAAUUAACUAUAUUAGAAACAUUUUUUUUAUUUUGCACAGCCUAUUUAUCCAGUUUUUAUUUUUACACUGAACUGUUCCUUUAAGUUCAAGCCACCAAACUGGAGAGAAGGUUAGAGCUGAGGACCCUGUCUCUGGUGGAUGACAGUAGCAGGGCUGCUUUUCAACAUAUUUCUAGGCAUUGAUCAUAGGCAAACUGAGUGCUGGGAACUUCACUGACCUGCUUCAAAACUCCAAACAGGUUCAUCCAUACUCACAAAGGGAUCUCUAGCAAUUCCCAGAGCAGACACUUUCAAAAUAGGUUUGAAUUUAUAGUUAAAUGCAUAGUUUACGUUUAAAGGGGUUGUUCACCUUAACUUUCAGUAUGAUGUAGAGAGCAAUAUUCUAAGACCAUUUGAAAUUGGUUUUCAUUUUGUAUUAUUUGUAGUGUUUGUGUUAUUUGUUUUUUGUAUUCAGCAGCUCUUCAGUUUGCACUAGCAUCUGGUUGCUAGGGUCCAAGUUACCCUAACAACCAUGCAUUGAGUUGAAUAAGAGAUUGGAAUAUUAAUAGGAGAGGCCUAAAUAGAAAGAUGUGUAAUAAAAAGUAGCAAUAACAA